CCGAGGGGAGGGAGGGAGGGGUCCGGCCCCGUGCGGUCGCGGCGGAGCCGGCGCUGCGGCAGCAGCAGGCGCGGCGGGGCGGAAGUCCUUUGUUGCAGCAGCAGCGCUGCCAGCAGCACUACCAGCACUAGCACUAGCAGUGGGAGCAGCAGUAGGAGGAGGGGUAGCUCCCCUUCGGCCGCCGCCGCCGCCUCGCCCCGCGGGGCUAUAAUUGAAGUACAAGAUGGCAAGAACCAGCCACAGCAACUAUGUCCUUCAGCAGCUAAACAACCAAAGAGAGUGGGGUUUUCUGUGUGACUGCUGUAUUGCUAUCGAUGAUAUUUAUUUUCAAGCACAUAAGGCAGUCCUUGCUGCAUGCAGCUCCUAUUUUAGGAUGUUUUUUAUGAACCACCAACACACUACAGCCCAGCUGAAUCUAAGCAACAUGAAGAUUAGCGCUGAAUGCUUUGAUCUUAUUUUACAGUUCAUGUAUUUAGGAAAAAUUAUGACAGCCCCUGCUAAUUUUGAGCAAUUUAAAGUGGCCAUGAACUAUUUACAGCUAUAUAAUGUACCUGAGUGUCUAGAAGAUAUACAGGAUACAGACUCAUCUAGUUUAAAGUGCUCAUCUUCUGCUUCUAGCACCCAGAAUAGUAAAAUGAUAUUUGGUGUGAGAAUGUAUGAAGACACGCUCACUAGAAAUGGCAGCGAAGCAAACAGGUGGGGCAUGGAGCCGCCAAGUUCAACAGUUAAUACAUCCCAUAACAAAGAGCCUGACGAAGAAGCUUUGCAGCUAGGCAGUUUCCCUGAACAACUGUUUGAUGUCUGCAAAAAAAGCACCACCUCCAAAUUCUCUCACACAAAAGAGCGUGUGUCCCACUCGCGCCGUUUUGGAAGAAGCUUCACCUGUGACAGCUGUGGGUUUAGUUUUAGCUGUGAAAAGUUACUGGAUGAGCACGUGUUAACGUGCACUAACAGGCAUUCGUACCAAAGUGCCAGGUACUACGGUGCUGAAAAACUAGACUUUAAUGAAAAGGACUCUACUUCCAAAAUAAUCUCUAUGCAAACAGAAAAAUACAAAGGGGACUCGAGCCAAGCUGCUGACGAUUCUUCGUCUCCUGUGUCCAACGUUACAAGUAGGAAAAGCAGCACGGUUGCGUCAGAGACCUCAGGUGAAGAAGGAAGUAGAGCCUCUGAGAGGAAGAGGAUUAUUAUCAAGAUGGAACCAGAGGACAGUCCUGCAGAUGAGCUGAAAGAUUUUAAUAUUAUUAAAGUGACAGAUAAAGACUGCAAUGAGUCUUCUGACAACGAUGACCUAGAUGAUGAGCAGGAAGAGCCGCUUUACAGGUACUAUGUUGAGGAAGAGAUCAGAGAGAAAAGAAAUGCUCGGAAGACUUUAAAACCCCGUUUAUCCAUGGAUGACGAUGAGAGAAGGUGUUUACAGAGUCCACGGCACCUUAACAGGAAAGCUCCUUCAGUACAGGAAGACGUGGAGAACGCUCCCUGUGAACUUUGUGGGCUAACAAUCACCGAGGAAGAUUUGUCCUCUCAUUAUUUAUCCAAACACAUAGAAAAUAUAUGUGCCUGUGGCAAGUGUGGUCAAAUACUGGUCAAAGGCAAACAGUUACAAGAUCAUGCACAGACCUGUGGAGAACCCCAGGAUCUGACCAUGAAUGGUAUCAGAAAUUCUGAGGAAAAAAUGGACUUGGAAGAAAACCCUGAGGAGCAGUCAGAAAUAAGGGACAUGAUGUUUGCAGAGAUGCUAGAGGACUUCAGGGACAGUCAUUUCCAAAUGAACAGCCUUCAAAAAAAACAGUUAUAUAAGCAUUCUGCCUGUCCUUUCCGAUGUCCUAAUUGCAGUCAACGUUUUGAAACUGAAAACCUAGUGGUUGAACAUAUGUCAAACUGCCUAGAGCAAGAUCUGUUCAAGAAUUCCAUGAUGGAAGAGAAUGAGAGAGAUCACAGACGUAAGCAUUUCUGCAAUCUUUGUGGCAAAGGAUUUUAUCAGCGUUGUCACUUGAGGGAACACUAUACUGUUCAUACCAAGGAAAAACAGUUUGUUUGUCAGACAUGUGGGAAGCAGUUCUUAAGAGAGCGCCAGUUGCGGCUCCACAAUGAUAUGCACAAAGGAAUGGCCAGUAGUGAAAUAGGGACUUCUAAGCUUCUGAACAACUGAGAGAACCAGGUUUGAAGAAGACAUGAGGAAGAACUGGUCGGCAAAAGAUUUCAUAAAAACUCAGAACCACGUGUGCCAGAUCUGCAUUGGCACCACCUUUGCUUUUUUGACAUACUGCAGCAGUCGCAAAAGGCACCAAAGCAGUCAAAUUAGAACAUUCAGUAAAAGUUGUUUUGGACUCUUCUCUGUGUUACAAAAAUUACUUCCUUGUGACUAUUACUUACACCUGUCAAAAACAAAUUUGACAUCUCUUUCAUGGAGCAGACAGCCGAAAGAGACAGAUGCCAGGUAUUGAGGGCUGCACUGAAAUGAGCUUGCAGAAUUUGCUAUUCUUAUGCUGCAGCACUGCUUAUACGAAAUGCGGCUUAUUAGAAUUUCUGUCAAAAGCUGUUUAGACUUUUUAGCUUAAACAUUAAAAGUAUAUACUCACGAACUAAAACUUAUGCAUUUUCAGACAGUUACAAUGCUAAACUAUCAAGUGUUAGAAGAGAGAAAAAAUGUUUUAGUCUGAACUACAAGGUCAAAAAAAAAACUUAAAAACCGAGCACAAAGGGCCCCUGAGGAAGGCCAGGAUGUUGAGAAAGAUCCAGCUGACCAGAUUCCCCUUGCUGCCAUGAUCAUCAUUUGCAAGCUGAAGAGGACCUUCCCUGGAGCUCAGUGCUUGUAUGUGGAGAGUAAAGAAAUGGUGCUCUGGUCUUAUUACAAGAAUGGUGAAAAAUUGUGACCAACAAGGAGAUGAGUAAACGUGAAAUAACCUUCACAGGGCACAGUGUGCACAGUGUUCUGGAUCUAAGCCUUGCAAAAGCUGGUUUGAAGAAGAAAAUCAGGCAUUCAUGUUCAGAUUUGAGUAUUGUAGGAACACUAAUAUUUCCAGCCAAAUUUAUGGAAAACAAACAAGCAAACAAAACAAAACAAGGCAGUAAAUGUUUCAAAUUAGGGCCAGAAUGGCUUAAAAAAUAUUAAUUUUUUUUUGCUCCUCCAAACGACAGUUUGAGACAUAAGCAGACUAAACAUGCUGAUCUAUAUUCUGCUGUAGUUAUGCAUCUUACUAAUUCUACUCAUGACUAUAAAAGGAUGUUUCAUUGUUCAGUACAACUGUUAUCUCAAUAAGUCUGUCUACAAUUUUAUUUAUAAUCAGCAUUAUUUUCAUUACUGUUGUUAUGAAGUGUGUACAAUAUUGUCUGUAUUGCAGCUUGUAUAGGGCAUAUGUCUGUGCUUGCUUUACUCUUUUUGAGUUUAUAAAGUUGCUAUACAAAUGCAA